AUGAAUACUGACCAUCUAAAACGGGAGCUACAAAGUGAUCUUUCUGCGUCUUUUCCGAAGCGGGGUUUUCCUUAUCAAAAGGUGGCGGCCCUGGUUCUCUAUUGGACUGAAGAUGAUUUCCAGCCUCCUUGCAAAGACGAAGCCCGAGAAGUGAAGGAUCUUUUCUCCACCGGGCUCGGUUAUGACACUGUUGUAUUUCCUAUACCGUCGACGAAUUCACGAAAUGCAUUGGAGAAGGCCGUGGUCGACUUCAAGUAUGCAUACGAUCUAGGCUCCAACCUCAUGAUUGUGUAUUACUCUGGCCAUGGCGACCCCGACGACAAGAGAGGGAAGGCAGUUUGGGCGGCGAAGGCCGUGGGUGAGCCCACAAUUGACUGGUUCGAAGUCCAACCUCAUCUGGAGAACGCAAGCGCCGAUGUUCUCUUUAUUUUCGACUGCUGUCAUGCAUCGCAGGCCGCCAAGAAUCGAAGAAAAGGCUCCUUAGAACUUCUCGCCGCUUCAUCGGCGGGAGGCCAGACACCUUGCCCCGGGAAAUAUUCAUUUACGCGCUAUCUUGUGGACGAACUUCAGAAAGCACUGGUUGAGAAGAACGGUCUGCAGGUAGAUGAGCUGCACGCGAGGAUAAACAGGAGAGUUAUGCAUACAACCAGAGUGACACCGGUUCAUUUUACUCUGCGUCCUGACCCGGCACCAAGUAUCCUCCUACGACCUCAUUCCAGGUCUCCGAGCACAGCAUCACCCCUUGGUGCCCUUACCAUUACAGUCUCGGUUCUAGAACCCCCAAGCCGUCAUAGUAUCCAGAAACUAGGCGAUUGGAUAAAACGGACAGCUCCCAACAGUAUUUCUGGCAUCAAAGUGGAUCGUGUUGUCGACUUAUCUGGCAGCCUCCGUGAUUUUCUUCUCGAUGACGGCAAGGCUGGAAUAAGUGGAAGAUUUAUUGACUCACUGGGACCGAAAGACAAAGGGCUCUUGCUAACAGAUCUGAACAAGCUCAGUCAGAACAUUGUUGACGCCAGGAUAUCCGAAACAAUUCAAGUGGCAGGAUCGGCGAUUACUACAUCAUCUCCCGAACCCAAUACGGCUGCUGAUGGGAGUACACCGCUGGGAUCAUCCAUCUUCCAAAAAUUUGAAAUGACUGCCCAAAAGCUCUUUCAAAAUGUCUGGAAUGCAACAUCAAAGCACCCCACCUUUCAGAGGGGAGACCUGAAAACACUUCAACAAAACGAAGUUGCGCAACAAGCAGGGCUGACUACCACGAUAGGCUUGAGCUUGCUUGCUCGUGAUGAAGAGCAAGUGCCUGAUCCUGAACCAAAAUUCAUACCCUGCGAAGACUUCAUUCACAAACGGUUGCUCGGAGACAACGAUCGAUUUUCAUUGGCCACGAAAAAUGAUCAGUUGGUCAUAGUUGAGAUCGUGAGGUAUCUACAAGGAGAAGACGGGUCUCCCCCCCAGUCAAUGAAGGCACAGUUUCCGAAGACGUCGUCUUUUCUGUCAAGACCAAAGCCUGAAUAUUUCCAAAUCCUUCGCUGCAUUGGGUAUACCCAGGACAAAUCUGAAGGGUGGUAUGGCCUAGCAUUUAGCAUUCCUGAAGGUAGCUCUACCCAUUCGACGCUCGAAGGUCAAUUCGGUCAAAGUCCGAGAGUCCCGUUGGAAAUUAGGUACAGACUCGCUUACAGGAUAGCUCUUUCAUUAUACGGGUUACACAGCGUUGGAUGGAUUCACAAAGGCAUACGCAGCGAGAAUAUCUUAUUCUUCCACAAGUCAAAGAACAAUGACAAGACGUCAGCACUCGAUCAGCCAUGGUUAUUUGGGUUCGAAUACGCUCGUGAAACCGGACAAUCUUCCAGCCAACAGCCCGAAUUUAGGAUGAACAGAUUGUUAUACCUGCCGCCGUCGAGAUGGGGAACGCCGUCGGCAAAAUUUGGGCCCGAGCAUGACAUUUAUUCCUUGGGGGUUCUACUUCUCGAAAUUGGGUUCUGGGUGAAUGCCGAGAAGUUGCCGGGAGCAAGUAUGAAGCAUAUUCGGAAGGCAGAAGAUGCGCAAGCUCAGUUCAUCAAGAGUGCUGGGAAAGAUCUCAGUCACAUCAUGGGAACCAGGUUUGCAGGAGCAGUUUCAACUUGCUUGAAGGGCCAUGUCGGCGAGCGACAACUGGACUUCCGCAAGGAUAUAAUCGAUAUUUUGGAGGGUUUGGCGUUAUCUGAAUAG